AUGUCAUUGGUUAAAAUGAAGGUGCCAGAGGAGGAAUUAAUGAGCGAUAUUUUAAAGCGGUUAACGGGCGAAUCUGCACUCCCCGCGUACAGCAGCAUUGCAAAGUUCAAACGGGUAAAGGACGGCAUUUACUUUGUGUCCGAGGACUUCAAUCAAACUGUGAAAAAAAGACAACUGGUCAACGCCAAGGAACGACUGAGAAUCAGGAACUUGAACACCAUGUUCUCCCGCUUGAAACGCAUGGUGCCACUAAUGCGACCCGACAGGAAGCCCAGUAAAGUGGACACACUCAAAGCUGCGACGGAAUACAUUCGUUUGCUUGUUGCAGUGUUACAAGACGCAGAGAGUGAUGAUGGCUGUGGAACCGAUUUCCUAAAGAAUGCAAUCACUUAUGGUCAGAGUGAGGGCUUGGGCAAUGACCUUUGGAGGGUGGAAGAUUUGCUGAACAUGUCAGAGGAGCAUAUGGAAGAUGGAUUCUCCAUGCCCGCAGAACCAGGAACGGAGGAUGCCGAUAUGACCCGAUUGAUGUUGCAACAUUGUGGGAUGCCCCCCUACCAGUUCAUCAUCCAAGUAGCACCCGAUCAGACUUUGAUGCCUCAACCCUAA